AACGAAGCGGAGGAGCAGCAAAGGGGCAGUGUGCGACAGGAGCACUGCCAGCCGGAAAUAUGUCUUCGUGAGGAUCCCUCUUGGCGCAUUGCUCGAGCUGCUGAGAGGGGUGUGAUCACAUCAGCUCAGCAGCCAGCGCGACCGACCAGCCAGCAUGGAGGAGGGCAAGGACGACAGGCCUGUCGUGCCACAACAGGAGGACGAGCCGCAGGAGGGAGCCACCGACACCACCACGACGGCGGCGGCAGAGGGACAGCAACAGCCACCACCGGCCGUCGAGCAGCAGCAAGAGGGAGAGGGCGAGACCGCCGAGCAGCAGGCGCCUGCCGACACGCAGGAGGUCCCGCAGCCAGGCAAUGAGAAGGAGAAAGAGGAGCCGGCUGCCGAGGCGGGUGGCGAGACUGAGACCGAGGGCAAGACCGACGACACGCCCGCUGAGGGCGAUGCCAAUGGUGCCGGUGGUGGUGGUGAUGAAGGUGAGGAGACCGCCACGAUGGACCAGGAGGGCGUCAAGGACAAGGGCGGCGUUGACAAGGGCGACAGCGGCACCGAGACGACUGAGGCGAGUGACGAGAAGCACCCGCUGCAGAACAUGUGGCACCUGUGGAUGAUCAACCCGGUCAAGGAGAAGACCCAGACCAAGUGGGUGGACUCGCAGCUCAAGGUCCACACCGUCACCACCGUCGAGGACUUCUGGUGCCUCUUCAACAACAUACACGGGCCCACCAAGGUCGGCAACGGCAACGACUACUCGCUCUUCAAGGACGGCAUCAAGCCCGCAUGGGAGGUAAGGUACCGCACCACUGUCAAACACACCACACCACACACCUCACGCACCGGCACGACAAACGACACACCGUCCUGUCCCUCACUCUCUCUCUCUCUCUGUGGUUUUGUGUGGUGUGUGUAGGAUCCGGCUUUGACGAACGGCGGUCGUUGGGUUGCCAAGAUCAGCACGCCCAAGGUGCUAGACGACCUGUGGCUCAACAUCCUCCUGGCCAUGAUCGGCGAGACAUUCCACGACGCCGGCGGCGACUGCGUCGCUGGCGCCGUCGUAUCCGUCAGGGGCAACAAGGUCCUCACGCAUAACAUACGCCCACACAGCACCGACACACACGCAUGGUUCUGUGUCUUGUGUGAGUGUGCAGGGCCAGAAGAUAGCGUUGUGGCUGUGCGACUCGUCCGAGGCGGUUGCGAUGAAGGUCGGGCGUAAGCUGCACGACAUCCUGCUGCCGCUCGUCGAGACCCGCAAGGAGGCCGAGCUGUCCUUCGAGGCAUUCAACGACAACGACAGGAACGCCAAACAAUACGUCGUCAAGUGACCAAUGACCGAUGGCGACCGCUGCACACAUACAUACCAUACGGCCCGCCUGGCAGAGAUGGGACGAUGGAUGGAUAGUAGGUGGGUGCCGUGGGUGGAUGGAUGGAUUUGGGUGGCACUCGGCCUCGUGGGGCGUCUUUUACGCGGGGGUGCAUGCGUGUGUGUGCUACGAAAAUGGUGUCGGCUGGACGGGAGGGAGGCAGGGAGGAAUGGUGUGUGUGGGGUGUGGUCAGAAAGGCGGGCGGGCGGGUGGAGGGGUUCCGAUCGAUCAUCGCAUGGAUGGAUGGACGGACGGAUUCAUUCGUUCUCCCUGACUGACUGACUGCCUGCCUGUACAUACGACAGUGCACGAGAUUGAUGAGGUCUUUCCCUAAUCGCAUGUGCCGUGAUCGUUUUCCCCUCUCUGCGUCGUGUUCGCGUGUCGCCUUGGCCGUAGCAUGCCACUCGGCCAUCCACAGAGGCCCUACUGACCAAAGUCGGGGUCUCUGAGGAUGGCCAGGUGGGGGUGGCACCGACAAGGCGACACGUACACGACACGCCCAAGAAGACAGGAGGGAGCAGUCAUUCAAUCAUCAUCGAUGUCAUUAUUAUUGUCUUGUGGCUGACACUGACGUUGUGUGGUUGGCUGCUGCAUGUGCGGGGAGGAGGGUGUCGACGACGAGGUGCACCUUGCUGCUUAGACGAUCUCUUCGCGAGCAGCACGAUGCACCUCGUUGUUGUCAGCCGACUCCCAGCAACGAGCAGCUAUGCCACAGAUUCCACCCUAUCAAUGAUUUGUUUGCCGAGUGUUUUGACCUCUCAGUUAGCGAGUGCAGGCAGGAUGGAUGGAUGGAUGGGUGUGAUGCGAGGCGGACGAACGGACCGCCUGACUGGCUGGCCUCUCGUCGACCGACAUACGCACACACACACAUCGACUGACUCUACCGACCGACUUGCCCGACAGCCCAGCCGACGGACCGUAUGCAUGCCGUGCGUGUGGACUUGCGUGAAAGGUGUUGCCAUGAGCCAGUCACUUGACGACAGACAGAAGCCUCACAACAUUCACACACACAGACACACACACACACACAGAAAGAGAGGCAACCACCCAAUACCACCUGCAGUGGUCCAUCCAUCCAUCCAUCCAUCCAUUGAAUGCGAUAAAUGGAGACAGACCUUCACACACCGGCACCCCUCAUACGCAACGCAGUGAGAGAGGGCUCUUUGCACACACAUCCAGUCCAGCUAGCUGUCCCACUUGAUGCCCAACACGUAGGAAGACACAUCAGUGAGGGUCUGCCUCGCCGGCCGGCCCAGCUGUGCAGACAAC